CGAUACGCUGCUCAAUAUUAUGCAACAUAAAUCACGAGAUUUUACUCGUGUUACUAUUAGGCAAUCAUCAGACCCAAACCAUUUGAAAUUAUGUCGGAAAACGUGAAAUGAAUGAUUCAGGCUAUGCCUUGCGAUAGGAUGAUGCGGACCGAUGCAAUAGUUAAAAGAGAAAACACAGAAAUUAAGACAACGCGACGUUUUACUUUGAAUGGGAAUGAGGCCCUAGAUUUGGUGGACGCACCGGAUGUUCUUAUCAGGCAAAGUCAGUGAAAAAAAAGAGUUGGCGAAGCUCAUUAUAGGGAAUAUUUAUGUAAGUGAAAGAAAGGGAGGAGCCUAAGUACGGCAAAAUGUUCCUGAACACGUUACAAAAUGUCUGGUGUCAUGUAUACAUUAUGUAUGCUGCACUAUUUUGAACAGUAUUCAGGGUAAAAGUGAAAAUAGAAUUCAUUGCUUGGAGACGCCAGCUGGUAAAGCGUCGACGUGUCGCCUGAUGAUAUUUUCAGACGUGCACGCCCCUGUCAUCGUUUUUUUUUUCUUCUCAAUCUAUGAUUUUUUUUAUGCUUUAGCUAUCGCAUUAAAAGUGGAUUACCCACAACGAUGGAACAAGUCGCAAGUAGCACAUACUGAAAUAGAUAAAUCAGCAACUAAAAACAAAAAUCCAGAAAACAGAAUUUGUAAAAGUAUCAGUUUUUAUUUUGCAGGUUCCUGAGGAAGAAAACACUCUUCUCCACUCGAAUAUGCCUUAAAAGUUGCAGCGAAUUACGCGUAACGAUAGUAGGAAAAGAGGAUUAAAUAUCGAUUGAAACUUUUUCUCCUAUUGAAAAGCCUCCUAUUCUUUUAGGGGGUUGUUUGAUCUUUUUUUCAAUGUUUUCCUUUGAACAACCGACUUAAAAUGCAUGCAAAUCUCAUAUUCACAACACACUCGCUGUGUCGCGUAGCCUAAGCGUCAAAACUCGGGAACGAUUUCAGGGGAAAAAGGCAACAUUCGGGAGGGCUCCGGGCUGGCCCGCCUGCCAUGGCUGUGGUGAUACCAGUAUUUUGGUAUUCAGUACGUAGCUCUAGCUCUCUGCUCUCACCCACCCAGAGUCCCAGUCUCCCUCUCCCAGACCGGAAAGUAUUUUUACGGUUACAUGAAAUAACUUCAACUAGGACAACCACAUCAUCAUAUCAUUAGUAUUGCUUGUUAUACGUGUCGUCUUGAUUUUCUAUUCCCGACUCCUGAGUGGAGUGGAGUUUGGUUCGGUUGAGGACAAAACGACAGACGUUGCAGCUCGAGGCGGUUUGUCCGCUAGCAUUUUUAGCCGAAGGAUUUGCCUCCAGCUUUUAUUCCGCAAUUGACUUUCACACACGACGCAAACUCCGUAAAAAAAAAGAAAAAAUAUCCAGUGGAGUUUCAUACGGCUGCUGGAAAUUGUUUUGGCGAAAUAACUUGUCAACGCAACGGAUAUGGCAGGAGUAAAUCCAUCACUGAAGGGGAAACCCAGUAGCCGAAUUCCACGGUUGCAACGUUCCGCCUCUUUUCACGGAGAGCGGAGAAAAUCCAGCAUAACACAAGAGCAAGAAUUCACGGAAGAAGACUUGACAGAAGCGCAAGACGAUGUCGGCUCUCUGAGCAGCGUUUGCAGCGUCGCUUCAUGUGCAGUGUCGAGUAGGGCUUACCCUGCCUACCGUAAAGCCGUCGAAACUGCCUGUGAUUUUCAGAAAGGAAAUAACUCACCGAAAUUUACAUUUCACUGCUCUACUCCUACCAAUGGCUGCCAGGGUGAAUAUUUAACACCCACGCAACGAGCUAACAGAACCAUCCGUCAACUCAAGUCGCUGCUGAAAGAAUCGGAGGCCAAUAGCAAUUAUAAAGAUUUUGAAAUUCAACGCCUUACCCGCGAACUCGUCGGAUUACGCCUGGAACAUGCUCAGUGUGAGAAAAGGAUAUCUGGAGGAGAUAAAGAGUCUGAUGGUGCUACUCAUUUAACGGCACCCUCUCUAGCCGAUUCGGGUCAUUUUGACGAUCUAUCUUAUCAUCCUAGUCAGUUCAAGGAUUCCUUUGCAGAAAAAGAUGCCGACCUGUAUUCUGGAGGUUGGACAGCCGAGAAAAACCGACUCACGAAUGCCUACUUAGAGAAAAUAGAGAAUCUAACAAAACAACACACCAACGAAAUGCAGGACGUGAAAAGUCGAUUCACAGAUCGACUUGAAUCGGCUUUAACCCAACUCAGUGAUUCCAACACUCGCUACGCAAACCUGUUGACUAGCCACGAUUUAACUCGAGAAGAGCUGGAACGUGUGGGAAAGGAAAAGGUUUGUUUGCGUCAGCACAUUGAAUCGCUCGAACGAAAAAUUGCGCAGCUUCAAAAUGACAUGGAAGAAAGAGAAACACUGGAAUAUGAAACUCGGGAGAAAGAAUUGAUUCAAAUUGAAUCUCUAACUCGAGAAUUGGCAGAAAAAACUGAAAUGAUCUCAGAACUACAAUCAAAAUUGGAAGACAUGUCAGUUGUUACUGAUUCAUCAACGACACCGAAUAAUGACCAAGAAGAUUGCUCCGAGACCCAGCAUUUGCAAACCGUGGCUUCCGCUUUAGAACAACAGGUUAUUUCUAAUUCUUCAAUGGCCUGGAUAUCGGGAGACGAAGCUAUAAUUCUUUGGUUCAGCCUUCAAAGGCGAAUUCCGAGGAGGAGCUAAAAAAUAGUUGUUCCAGAAAAUGCCUGAAUAAAGACAGCAAAGACGACACGAAUCACAUCAACCAUCCAUCAGCAGAUCCCUCCAUACUUCUCAAAUUUUUGCGUUCAGCAAUAUUUUAUUUAUUAACAGACAGUGAAAACGGAGCAGAGCAUCUACGAGCUAUUCAGAGUAUACUGGAAUUCAGUCCUGAAGAGCGCUAUGCGGUAGAACGUGCAGCAAGACACGGUUAUUUGUAAAAUUUGCCUUCUCUAUCCAGACUCAUUUUAUUCACGAACAUCUCACUACAGAAUUUGUUAUGACAGCUUCAUUAACACGUUAUAUAAAAAUACUAUAAGAUUUAUUUGUUAGCAAAUACAAAGCAGUUUUUACCUUCAAA